AUAAGACUCCUGACAAAGGACGUCCCUCUACAUCCGGGGAGUUGCGGAGCCGCGGCUGCAGCAAAGCGGCGGGAGCUGCUAGCUGAUGAAAAUAAAUUCAUAUAAAAAAUAUAAAGAGCAAAAGCCGGACUGAUAACCGGACGGGUUUGUGCAGGAUAAGUGAUGGGAGACAGUGACGAUGAGUAUGACCGGCGAAGGAGAGACAAGUUCCGCCGGGAGAGGAGCGAUUAUGACCGAUCACGAGAGAGGGAGGACCGGCGCAGGGACGAGUGGAGCGACAGGCGGCCCUCUGCCAGGGAGUGGGACCGGGGACGGGAACGGCGUAGCCGGGCGGAGUACCGGGACUAUGAGCGGGGGCGCCGGGAGCGCUUCUCGCCGCCCCGGCACGACAUGAGCCCGCAGCAGAAGCGCAUGCGCAGGGACUGGGACGACCAUGGUGGCGACCCCUACCACGGCGGCUACGACCUGCCGUAUGGAGGCGGCAGUGGGGGGCCCAGCUAUGCUCCCCCGCAGCCCUGGGGCCCCCCUGACAUGCACAUGAUGCAACAGCACCAUGGGAUCCCCAUCCAGGCUCGGCUGGGGAACAUCCAUGAUGUGGAGCUGGCCCCUCCCCCACCAGUGAUGAAGAGCUUCAAGGAGUUCCUGCUGUCCCUGGACGACUCGGUGGACGAGACAGAGGCCGUCAAGCGAUACAACGAGUACAAGAUGGACUUCAGGCGGCAGCAGAUGCAGGAUUUCUUCUUGGCCCACAAAGACGAGGAGUGGUUCCGCUCCAAGUACCACCCGGAUGAGGCAGGCCGGCGCAAAGCGGACGCCCACAGCGCCCUGCAGAAUCGCCUGAGCGUCUUCAUGUACCUGCUGGAGGGAGGCUGGUUCGACAAUGUCUCCCUGGACAUCGAGCGCGCCCCCGCCAUCAUCAAGAUCCUGGACGCUGCGGUGAUAAAAAUGGAGGGAGGCAGUGACAACGACCUGCGCAUCCUGGAGCAGCCCACAGAGGAGGAAGAGGAGCGGGAGAGGGCGGCUGCGGGCGGCCCAGGGGCGGAGCCUCCGAAGAGGGAGGAGCCCAAGGCGGGGAAUGCGGACCGCAAGCUGGCCGCGGACAAGGAGGACAAGGAGGACAAGGAGAAGGUUGGAGGCGGGGCAGGAGGCACUGAUGAGAAGCAGAAAGGCGGGGGCGGAACCGGAGGGGGCGUGGCUGAGGAGGACAAGGUAGACGCAGCUCCAGAGAGAGAGGAGCCUUCGGAACCUAAGAAGCUGAGUAAGAAGAGGAAGAGGAAGCGCAGCGGCGACAGCGAGGAUGAAGCCAGCGCCUCGGACAGCGAGUCGGACUCGGACUCGGACUCCAUCUCCCGUUCCUCCGAGAAACCGGCCGAGCGGGAGGAAGGUGAGGACAAAGAGGAAGAGGAGGAUGAGGAGGAGGAGGAAGGCGAAGCGAGUGCAAAGGAGCACAAGGAGCAGCAGCUGAAGGAGAAAGAGCGGGUGGAGAAGGCGGCCAAGGAGGAGGCGCAGGUGCGGCCGCGGCCGCUGCACAAGACCUGCUCGCUCUUCAUGAGGAGCAUCGCGCCAAGCAUCUCCAAGGCAGAAAUUGUCGCGCUCUGCCGGCGGUACCCAGGAUUCAUGCGGGUGGCAUUAUCGGAGCCCCAGCCAGAGCGCAGGUUCUUCCGUCGCUGCUGGGUGACAUUUGACCGCAGCGUGAACAUCAAGGAAAUCUGCUGGAACCUGCAGAACAUCCGUUUGCGGGACUGUGAGCUGGCUCCGGGGGUCAACCGCGAUCUGGCACGUAGGGUCCGCAACAUCAAUGGCAUCACCCAGCACCGGCAGGUUCUCCGUAACGACAUCAAGCUGUCGGCCAGACUGAUCCACACGCUGGAUGACAGGGAGAGGCUGUGGGGGCCCAGGCAGAGGGCCGAUGCACAGGGCCUGGAGCUCCCGGCCCAGAACCCCAUCCUGAAGAACAUCACAGACUAUCUGAUCGAGGAGGUGAGCGCGGAGGAGGAGGAACUGCUGGGGGGCACUGGGGGAGGCGAACCCGAGGAGGGCAGCAAGGAGGGACACCCGGCGGAGAUCACCGUGGAGCGGGACGAAAAACUGGUGAAGGUGCUGGACCGCUUACUGCUGUACCUACGCAUCGUCCACUCCAUCGACUACUACAAUUCCUGCGAGUACCCCAACGAGGACGAAAUGCCCAACCGUUGCGGCAUCGUGCAUGUGCGGGGCCCCAUCCCGCCCAAUCGCAUUACCCACGGAGAAGUGGCCGAGUGGCAGAAGACCUUCGAAGAGAAGCUCACGCCCCUGUUCAGCGUGAGGGAGACGCUAUCGGAGGAGGAGGCCGCGAAGAUGGGCCGCAAAGACCCCGAACAGGAGGUGGAGAAGUUUGUGUCGGCUAACACCCAGGAGCUGGGCAAGGACAAGUGGCUAUGUCCGCUCAGUGGGAAGAAGUUCAAGGGCCCAGAGUUCGUCCGCAAACACAUCUUGAACAAGCAUGGCGACAAGAUCGAGGAGGUCAAGAAGGAAGUCGUCUUCUUCAACAACUUCCUCAUGGACGCCAAGAGGCCCUCCCUCCCAGAAAUGAAACCCACUCCUCCCCCCGGCCCGGGGCAAGGAGUGCUCUCCCCUGGGCUACCAUUCCCUCCACAAGCACCUCAGGGUCUCAUUGGCUUUGGUCAGCCACGCCCCCCAGUCCUGGGUUACGGAGGUGGCCCUCCUUACCCACCCAACCAGUAUGGAGGGGGCCGGGGUAACUAUGACAACUUCCGCGGGCAGGGAGGCUACCCUGGGAAGCCUCGUAACCGAAUGAUCCGAGGAGAUCCGCGCAACAUCAUUGAAUACCGCGACCUGGAUGCUCCUGAGGACGUCGACUUCUUUUAGAAACCAUCGUUUUAUUGUUUUAUUUUAAUAUGUUUUUCUAUUUCUUUCUGCACGUGGCAGUGACCGUCUUGAUAAACGAAUGUUGGAGACGUUAAUUCAGCGUUAUGUGUGACCUUGACAGAAUGCACAUUGUAUUGGUGAUCAGGCUUGUGCUGUAUGUCCCCCCCCUCCCCUUUACUACCACAAUAAAAUAUUGUCCCUCACAA